CAAGCAGAUUGUAGGUAGAGACAGAGGGGGGCUGGGGUUUGUUUAUGUGGACAGUGAGUUGGAGAGUGUGGAGAACAUCCGGGGGCCCUCGGGGAGCCCAGUGGAAAGAGCCAGCUUUGGAGGGGCUAAGUCUGGAUGCCUGGCAGAGGGCACCUCUUCGAGGCAGCCCCUGGACUAAGGGAAGUGCCUCCAUCUCCGUCCCACCAGUGGGCAGAGGGUCCCCAGCCCUUCCUCUGACCUAUACAGGGGCCACGAGCCUCUCUCACCUUAGAAUCCCACCUGUGAGCUAGAGAUGGAAACCAAACGUCAUCACUGGCAGAGACCCUGUUCCCACAGUGUCCCCUGGCCACUGCUGCAGAUGCCAGACACCUGUCUGCUUGUUAAAGCAGUAUUCAACAGGAGAGUUGCCUUCUGCCCGAAUCCCUUCCCCUUCCCUUCCAGCGGGGAGGAUGGAGAAGUGUGGACGGGGAUGGAGGGGACAGGUGUCCCCCACUCAGAAGCGGCAGAGUGGAGCUCCGAAUCCGACAGGACUUGGGCCACUGAAGAUUUGUGCCAACUCACGGUGCGGUGGAAUCAGUCUGAAUUCUUCAGACACCAGACACCAGCCAAGAGUCUGUGGCGCCCCCAAGUGCCACAAGGGGGCUGCCUGGGCCACAUUUUUGAGUCCAGUAGGAAAGUGAGGAGGGGGAGACGUCAAGAGGGACCGGAGCGUUUGCUUUGGCAGUGGCGCGUUCAGUUGCGGCGGCAGAGGCGGGUGGGCAGGCAGGUGGGGCGGCUGUGUCCUGGGCAGGGGGCGCCCUGGAGGGCGACCGGAGUCGCUGGCUGUGGAGUAGUUCAGCAGCUGCCCGGGAGGGUCGGAGGGUCGGAGCGGUCCGGCGCGGCGGUGCUCCCCAAGACAGGAGGGGAACUGAGCGAAGCAGCGCUCUCAGGCGGUGCUCGGGGGCUGCACGCAAAGAAAGCGGAAGCACAGGGGCCGGGACUCCUCUUGCUGCAGAAGCCGUAGAAAAGUGGGGCCAAGGAAGGCACGGCUGUGGGCACACGGGGUCCGAGAGUGGACCCGGGCAGGUCAUUGAGCUGCACUGUGAUUGACAGCACAGAGAAGGGCUGAGAAGGCGGGAGCGGCUUGACCCACAGUUUUAGGGAAAUAAACACUAAUUCUUGUACUUCCAAAAAAGGCUAAACAAACAAACAAAAUCCACACAAAACCAAAAGCAAAAGCGAAGAGGCAUUUGAAAGCUAAACAGCAAAGCUUCCCAGCAUGGCUGUACCCACCACUCUAGGGUCUUCCUUUGAAGCGGGUGACAGCGUUGUCCCGGCAACCAAACUGACGCUAGCAUCACAGGGAAGGAUGCAUCAGGUGGCCGGCUGUGCUGUGAAGGCGGAGAUGCCCACAGAUGCCCUCUGAGAGCCAGGGAAGGGUCUGAGGGGUGCUUUUUGGCAGGACGACCAGCAGAGACCUGGAUUUGGGGACAGGAGGGCUGGAGAUGGCUGCAUUCAAAUAUCCCUGCUGGAAUCAUACUGCUUUUGUAAUUGGCUGGAGAACAUCUGCACCUUCAAAGGCUCAUGGGGGUCUAGAAGGUGAGUGUGUUCAGGGCUUUGAAUAUCUGCCCAGUCCUCAGAUCGGACAUACAACCUUAGGCAAGUUCUGGGUGUCUCUGCGGGGGCUCCUGCAGGUUGGAGAGGAUACCUGUGAAGUCCCCAGCCCCGGUCUCACACAGGACACACUCU